AUGGCGGAUUCAACAGUUUCCGAUGUGACUAAGAUGAAAGUUGUUGAACUACGUAAAGAAUUAAAAUCACGUGGACUUUCAUACGCCGGCGACAAAGCAGAGUUAAUCGCUAGACUACAAGCUGCAAUUAUAUCUCAAGAUGAACACACCGACAUCAACUUUGAAUUUGACGAAAUGGACUCGGACGGAGUUUUUGAAGACGAAGAAGUUAAAAGCCAAACAGACGUACUUGAUGAUACUGCCGUGGACACUUUAAACGAAGAUUUAGUUCUUUCGGAACAGUCUUCUACUGCGACAAUCGCUGUAGAAACAAAAUCAACACGAACAUUAAAACGCAAAACCAACGCAGAAACCAAAGAUAAAAGUGCAGAAAAUGCUAGUGCAAAGAAAAUUGUGUUGAAUAGACCCUCAUCAAUUUCACUUGUCAGUUCUAAAACUGUUGAUGAUCAAAUUAAUGAAAAAUCUGUAGAGCCGAAAACGCCAUCUGAAAAUAAUGUCAUUAAAAUAAAUACUGAUCUAGAUCCAAAGAAAAGGUUAGAGUUGCGUGCUAAAAGAUUUGGUUUGCCUAUUAAAAUGUCAGAGUCUGAGAGAAAGGAAGCCAGGAAACAAAGGUUUAAUCAAAAUGAUAAUCAGAACACCUUCACUAGUACAGGGACGUUAAACGAAAAUAUGGAAAAACUUAGAAAGCGAGCAGAGAGGUUUGGUGAAUCUGUUUCCAAAAUAAUGACAGAUAUUGAACUAAAGGAGAAAUUGGAAAAACGUAAAGCCAAAUUUGGUGGUGUUGCAUAGAACAUGUUUCUGAUAAUGGAAAGUCUACUCUAACAAAUUAAGAUUAGUAUAUAAGUAUUGUUUUAAAUAAAUAAAACAUUCUACUAAGUCAA